UUGAGUGAGGAGGAAAAAAACAAUUGAAUCACGAAUACAAUAAGCUAACAUUUAAAAUUAUGGCACACACCACUGUAUCUGAACGUUGGCGAAAACAUACAUGUUAUGUGCAAUGCAUUAUUUAUAAAUAUUGAUAUUUGUCGGGUUUGGACUACAAAACGGUAUGUUGACAUUAGCUAGCUAGCUUUCAUCAUGUCGACAGCUAUCUAACUGGUGGUUCGAGGACAAGUUUGCGCUAACAUUUUUGGGUACCUGGGCACAGUAGUGGGGGUUACCUGGCUAGUUUGUGGUGGAAGAGGAGACGUGUGGUUUGAACAAAAGCUGGAUGAUCGUUCUUGCCUGGGCUGUUAUUGGAGGAUCUACGUUGAACAUUUAUAUUUUCCUCAUCAGUCCCGCCAGAGAGCCUGCCUAAAAAUAAAGACACCAUCUGAAGAGAAGAUCAGCAAGGAGGUAGACAACUGCCAUAACAUGCCACCUAUGAAGGAGCCCUUACAAAGACCCCAACUACAGAGAGAAAGUAGAAGCCAACAGAACAAAGUGGUAGCUGAACCCUCUGACACACGGUCACUACCAGGUACCCCUGUUUCGGUUGUCCAUCCUAAUCCCGGAAAGGUAAGCUCUGGUGACAUUAAUCACAGAAGAAAGCUCACAAAGACCCAGGCAAAGAUGGAGAAAAUGCAUAUUAAUUCACCUGCUACUGGUCAUGCUAGAACUCAAUGUGAAAGUGCCAAUCCUGAAGUGCAUUUAUCACUUACUGGGAGUGAGCAAACAUUGAACUGUAUCACAAAAGAGCUGGUGGGUGUAACAAGGCCAGCAGCGAUAGACGUUGUUAGGAAACGUGGUCGCCCUCACAAGAUGGCAAAGAUGCUGCAUACUGUGCAACAAACAGAGGAGAGUUCUUCUCAUCUGAUCACUGCAGAAUCAAAGGAUUGGAGUGAAACAAUGUCUGACAGAGCGAAUGCUAUUUCUUUUACUACAAACUAUGUAGAAAACAGGGAUGACACGUCUCUCAGAGCUAUUGAAACAAAAGCAUUACCUCUAAACUGUGAACCAAGCAAUACAGCGGUGUCUGUUCUUGACUCGUCCCCCCAAGACCAUCAACCCGCUGAAUCCAGCCCUGUGGCUAUCUCACCCUUGGAACCAAAAAGGAAAAGGGGACGACCAAAGGGGUCGACCAAGAAACGACCAGAAAGAACCAUGAACACUAUUUCAGUGCAACAAUCCCAUUUAACAGAAGAAAAAAUUAUAAUUAAAAAGGAACCUGAUGAGAUGCUAUUUGAAGAGGAAAAGAGAGGAAACAUUGGUCCUCAGCCUGAGGAAGCUCCUGUUGAGCCUAAACACAGAGUAGGACGACCACCAAAGAAAACAACACUCGUGAGGCAGUUUGCAUUAGCACAGAGAAAAUCACAGAGAAAAUCAUGUUCUAUUACAGCAUCUUUGAAUUCUCAGGAUAUUCCACCACAACAUCAGAAGAUUGAGACUGAGCAUUCACUAGAUUAUAUAGCAAGGCAUGUGUCUGUGUCGCUUAGUCGCGUUGAUUCUCAGAGAGGUGGGAGGUCAAGUGGGACUGCUGACAUGAUCUCUAAUGUGAAGUGUGAGGAUAUUGAAAUAGAGCUGGGGGAUUUUAAUUCCCUGGCACAGUCAAAUUGUCUCAUGUCUUUUCAAUGCCACACUGACACCAGUGUGAAGGUUGAGCCCUGUAAUACUAGUUGUGAUGGCACUGAGUUCAAAAAGCCACUCAAAGUCGACAAACGCAGAGAAACUGCUGGCACUGCUCCCAGAAAGCGAUCCCGGUUCGUUUUUGGAAAAACUAAAUACAAAAAAGGAAAGAGGAAAAGGUGCAUUGAUGCUAGAGGUAGACUCCAAAGUGUGACCUCACGGGGAGAUCCAGACACCAUGUCAAAGCAGGCCGAUGAAGGCAAUGGUGAUGUUGGAAAGGAGAUGGACUGUGGCGAGUUAGCUUGGGAGUAUGAGGGCAACACAAAUGACAGCUUUUCAAAUGGAAGUAAGUCAACAGAUGAAGGAUUUAAAGAUUUGCCUGAGAGUCACCAAAAUCCUAUCAUCACUGAUGUAAACAUAUUAGAAACUAUGUCGCAUGAGUCCUUUUCGAAAUCAGAUGUCAUACAAGGUGAAGAAUUCACAAGUAAGAAAAUCAAGAAAGAGAGAGAUGGUGUAGGCGAUGAAACUGAAUAUAACCCAACAAGCAGUUGUUCGAAGGCUAGGGGUCGACCAAAAGGGAGACCAAAAGGCACAGGGAAAACGUGUGAGUACUGCGGACGCCAUUUUGAUUUUGUUUCUGUAUAUACCGUCCAUCUACGCACUCAUACAGGCGAAAGGCCCUAUAAGUGCAUUGAUUGUGACCAAGACUUUGCCCAGCUAUCUAACUUAAAAAGUCAUAUCAAGAAACAUAACAAGCGCUGUCAGCCUCUGAAGUGUCCUUAUUGCAAAAUGAAGUUCAGUAAUUCAGAGGAAUUGCUUGCUCAUUGCAAGUGGCACUCGCAGAACCCGAACCAGGACUCUGAGUCUGGGAGUAAAACGAAGGAUAACAGAAAUGAGGCCACUCAUACACCCCUUGUUUCUCUGAAAGAAAGGAGAAAAAGGGGAAAGGGGGGAAUACUCAAAUGCCACAUUUGUGGGAAAGUAUUUCCCUUUUGGUCUGGUCUGCAGGUUCAUAUACGUAUGCACACUGGGGAAAAACCAUAUAUCUGUAAAGUAUGUGGGAAAGCCUUUAGUAAUCGCUCAUCAAUUCGUAUUCAUGAGGUGACACACUGGUCCAUUAAGCCUUACAACUGCACAUGGUGUGGAAAGAGUUUCACUCAGUUGUCGUCUGCAAAAAAACAUCCCUGCAAGGGUCUGAGGGAGAGUAAUGACAGAGGGAGCCGGAAGAAGCCUUUCAUAUCUUUUACAUGCCACAUCUGCGAAGAGAGAUUUGUUCAGAGGCGUCAGUACAAAACCCACCUGAAAACCCAUGCUGGUGUGAAGCUCUUUCGCUGUUUAUUCUGUGACCAGCUGUUUAGUGUGAUGUCAGAAUUUGAAGAGCACCACCAAUAUUGCACCAAAGUUCGGGGGGAGAAGAUGACAUCCAAAUCUGAAUUUAGGAUUUGGAAACCUAGAGCCCCUAAUCAGCAAAGAUCGCAGCAACCAAGAGUCAAGAGUCAUUCACCAGUCACCCAAUUAGUAUUUCCUGCAGCUGCUGAUAGUCAACAAUUUCAGAACCUUGGACAGAGUUCAGCUUCCUCUGUCUCGUUGCUGAACUGUGAACCUACCUCACAGCAAAAACAAAGUGGUCGUCUGUCUUCACAAACACAUCCCAAUAAAGCCAUUGCUACAACUCUGCGCCCCUUCCAAACAUGCAUUAUACCCACAAACAAUCUCACCCCACUUGUAUCAAAGUUGAACAGUCUAGAUCGUAACUCUGACCCGAGGAAGUACUUAUGCCCACGUUGUGGAAGACUUUUCAGACACACAGGGAGACUCCGAGCCCACAUGCUAACUCAUGCCCACAGUCAGAGCUACACCUGUGACUGCUGUGGAAAGACCCUUGAAAGCUGGAAAAAGCUUUGGCUUCACCAGCGAAUCCACAGACAGAAACUAGGACGGUUCUCAUGUCCAAAGUGUCGCCAAGGUUUCCGCUUCGUUGGGCCCUACAAGCAGCACAUGCUGCGAGAACACCCGGAGUACCAGUGGAUCGAUGAGAGACCAAACAAAACCCUCCAAGGACUUGACCAGCAGCAGUGCCUGCCUUAUCAAUGUGAGGAGUGUAACACCAGCUUCAGGACACUAGAUUUGCUUUUCAAUCAUCAGCUUUGCCAUUCCUCACCAGGUGACCACAGUAUGUGGAUACAGGACGACUGCUAUGAUUACUCUCCCUCGACACAUGAACAUGAUGUACCUUACAACAUGAAUGGAUUUGACCCUCACAUGAACAGUGGCGUAACACACUCCCAUCAGGAACUCCACCAUACCUACUACCCUUCUCCGCCUCUUCAAGCAAACCACCCACGAGGUUCACAUCUCCUUCAUUACUUUUCCAACCAUUCAGACCUACUACAUUCACUGUCACCCCUUAUACCUUUGCCUCCCCCAAUGCAACACCCAGGUUUCCAACCAGGCCUCCAGUCAUAUGACUCCACCCAGCUGCUCACAAGCCCUCUAUCGCCACUGUACUCACAGGUAGAGACCAUUCCAAACCCUGACAGAAAUGAUGGGAAUGUAAACAGGAAGCGGAGUAGAAUUUAUGGGAAUGCGACUAAACGUGCUGCUAGAUCCAAGGAGGACAAGGCGACAAUGGGGGGUUUGGAUUGUGCGGAGUGUGGUGUUCAGUUUCCUGCUGUCUCACAACUCUAUGAGCAUUAUUUGCAGCAUGCCAGGGGAGAGGUGUAAGAAGUGAAAAUGAGGGACCUUUUUCUAUCACAAAGGCACGUUAUCCCCCCCAUCUCUUUCUCAGAGGUUUAUCAGUUUAGAAAUGACUUAUAGGUCAACUAACAAAAGCAGCAUUUUUAACACAUAAGGGGUUGUUUUAUUGAUGUGAUUGAGUGAAUAUUCUGUUGAAUGGAGAUUGUUACUCUGGUUGCUUGAUGGUCAUUACGGAAGCUGAUUACUUUUGGUUGUUAUUUGAAUUACUUACACUAUGAUCAAUUUUAAGUUGACAGUAUUUUAUUUUUCUUUGGCGGGUGUCACUUAAUCUGAAAAGAUGGUCAGUGCUUUUAUACAUUUGUAGCUGUAGCAGGUUUUGAGACGAGGACAGAUCAUGGCCUGCAAUCUAUUUUUCAAUGGAAGUUUGAGUGUAAAUUCCAAUGCUUGAUCAUUGAACAUUGUCAUACCUCUUUUUGUCAUUGUUAACCUCUUACUGUUAGACUCUGAUUCUCAACUGAUAAAAAAUAAUGUUGUAAUUUAGCCUACCAAUACAAGUGAUUAACAUUUUUAUUCUGUCCAUUUAUUUAAAAGAAAAUUUGAAACCUCAUGUUUUGCAAGCUAGUCAUUUAUUCUAUGGUUAAGUGUUGAUUUGUAACUUAUGCAAGAAAAAUAUUUUCACUGCCAAUACUCUAGUCGUUUUACCUAAUAGGCCUACAUUCCCUCAUGUUUACAGAAAGUUAUUUUGUUUAGAAAAGCAGUUCCUGUUCUGUUGCUGAUGAACUGACAGCUGUUUACAUACUGUAUAUUUUACUUUCUAGUUUCACUCAGUUAUUGUGUCAGAUAAGAAUAAAAGCCACCUUUCUAAUGUUGUGCUUAUUUAAUUACAGACAUAUAGCCUCGCACAAGUACAUAUGUAGGCCAACAGGACACAUGUCAUGUGGGAUUCACUUACUGGUUCAAAUUAUUUUGUUGUAGAAUGCCCUUUUGAAGAAACUGCUCUCAUGGAAGUAUUGAAUGGUAUUGUCGUUUGCUCACUGUGGAGAACAAACUAACUUUCCCCAGAUGAUGGGUAGUCAAUGUAAGAUUCAACAUUUUUGAAGACUUUAACUUUGAAAUCAGAUUGAUGUGUUAUCGACUACAUUUUAAUUUUAAGACAUAUGUGAGACUAAUUUAAAUUGUUAUUAAAUGUAAUUACUUUUCAGUGAUUGUAUUUUUUUGCGCCCUUAUGUAUAGUGUGAAAUUGUGAUAAAGCUUUAUUAUAAUUGUGAGGCGCCGCUAAUAGUUUGUUACGGUUGCAGACGACAGAAUGGGGCGUGAUCCAAAUGGGCGGCAGUAAGUCACGCCACGGUGAAAGCAUUGGGCAAAAAAAAAAAUAAUCUUCACAAUCUCAUCAUCGGAUGCGCACCGGUUGACAUCAAACAUGGAGAACAUGCAUAUAAUUUAGUUAUAAUGCGCAAAUAUGUUUAUUCUACUGCAAACAAGAGAUGUAGUUCACCGGUAUCUUUGAAGUAUUUUACACCCGUGCACUAAAACGCAAGGGACAGAGGAUCCAUUGAAUCUUGAGGAGCAGCCAAGGUAGGCGACGGAAUUUGAGGUCAUUGACGGUCACAGCCAUGUUCUGUCCAUGAUAUCUUGUACAAAUUACUCGGUAACUAAACAGGAGGUGUUCUGUUUUGACCUAAAUAUGUUAUCUUUACUGCGUAGGCUAUAAACUGAAGAAAUUACACAAAUGUUUUAUUUAACCAUAUUUGGGAAAGUAGUCUGAUCGGUGACCAGAGUAUGGUUCUACAGCUGACAGACUGUUUAUAAUAAGCCUUAGCAAUAAGGACCAAAUGUUCAAGCCAUUUCUUUUUGAUCAUACCCUAUUGAUGUGCCUACUAAUCUCAAAGAAUACAAUAGGAUGGAGACAUUAUGUGGUAAAGGAGGGACAUUGGAUGGUGACAUGCUGAUGGUCAUCGUUAAACAAGAGGAAGACCAUAUGGAGCAGAUGUCCAAUGGUCCACUGUCAUCUGACACGCUCAUCAAACAGGAGCAAGAAGAGGGCCUAGAACAAGGCACUACAGCUCCAGGCGACCAACUCCCUGAGGAAACAGACACCCUGGAAGAAGCAGAGGAGGAGAAAAAUAGGAAGGGAAAGACCGAAGAGAGGUGCUGGUCUGCUGUUGAGACUGAGGAUGUUUCUGGGUCAGACUCCAGUUGGUGCUGCAGACUGUGUCAGCGCUGCUUCAGUUCCUCCUGGCAGCUAACGGGACACUGUUGUACUGGCAUCGCGGGGGAGGACGGGGUCGCCCACGGCCACAAGGUCAAACUGGAGUUCCGGUGCCCAGUGUGUGGCGACCGCUUCCUCCGCCCCACAGCCUUCAUCAUGCACAAGCGCAGCCACAUGGGCCAGUCCCAGUACGUCUGUGGGGUCUGUGGACGGACACUCAAGAGCCUGCGCAAGCUGGCCUCCCACAAGCGCUCACACUCCCGCCGCCGCGGGACUGUGGCUGAACGACAGCAGUGCCAUGACUGCAGCCAGAGCUUCCGAAACCUGACGGCACUCAGAAGCCACCGGGAGAGACAGCACGGAGAGGAGAGGAAUUGGAAAGAUGAGGAGGACAGGGCAGUGAGAGAGGAAGAGGAGGGAAGCACUGCAGUAAUCUCUAAUGAUUCAACCAGAGUUUCAGCCCAGCCUCCCCAGUCUCCUCAGUGCCACCAGUGUUUCAUGACCUUUCAGGAUGCAGAGACAGAAGAGAGGCAUUUACGCUUCAAGCACCCAGUAGAGUAUGAGAGACAUCUCAGAGGUCGCACAGUGUUUGCCUGCUGUGUCUGCGACCGUACGUUCCCCUCCUCCCGCCUGCUAUCAGCUCACCAACGCACCCACAGCAAGUGGAGUCUGCCCCCCACUGGACCAGAAGACUCUGUCCAAGAAAGCACAGACGGAGGAGAGGCUGAGGGUAUGGACAAUGAAAAAAACAGAGCUGGUCCAACGAGCUGUGAGCACUGUCAUAUCAUCUUCAAUGACCCUCGAACCUGGGAACGUCACAUGACGGCCAAGCACCCCCCAUCCCUGUCGACACCUACUUCACCAGGGAAUGCCUACCAGACUUCCAGACCUGCCAGGGGUCAACUACGACCCUAUCGCUGCUCCUCCUGUGGAGAGAGAUUCAUACAGGAAAGCACCCUGACCAAACACUGCACCGAGGCACACGCCAGCUGAGAGAGGAUGGUUCUGGGAGCAUAGAUACCAAGAUGAAGAGGACAAGAGGCAAGUUGGAGUGAUAUAUAUAUAUAUAGGAUUGUUUUCCAGGAGUGCCUUGACUAACUAUUUAUAAAGUUGUUUAACGAAGAAAUUACGUGUCACUUAUGAGAUUUAUACUAUAAUUUCAUUGUAGGUCUUAGUGUCAACCCUUAUGUCAACUUUCUCCAACACCAACAGAAUCCUCACAAAAUAUAUUUUGAAUUAAUAUCUCUUCUAGGGCUGUGACGAUACCAGUAUCGCAAUAUUUUUUCCAUGCCAAAAAUGAAAACGCGAAGCAGACCAGACUCUGGUCCUUUUAUUUUCCAAGCUAUAGCUUUGAAAAUAAAUAUGUGAUUCUGGAUGAAAACAUAAUGAUGUUUGUUUCCAACUUCAAGGCUGUUUCCCCAAAGAAGUUAAAUCCACUUUGUGUUUUGUUUCCUUGCCACGAUACUGGUAUCGUCCCGGCCCUAACAACUUGAAAAGCACGAGUGUCAAAAUGGAGUAGUUUUCAAAAUAAAAGCAUGACCAUAUUUAUUAGAGAUUCACAUAAAAAAAAGAAUAGUAAUUCAUCUGUGCCAUGAAUAAAGAUAGGAUGAAAA